GAAAGCAGCCAACGACAGUUUUAACUGGUUUACCACGAGUGACUGCUUGGUCUAGCUCAGCCAAUCGUGGUAGUAAAUUCCGGGGUAGGCGUGAGGCCCAGUUCCUCUUUGCCGUGGAAGAUAAUCGAUGUUGUGAAUUUCGUGGAUUUAAAUCUGAUACGAGGAAUAAAAACAAGCUAGAUUGGCAGCCGGAGUACGGCCUACCACCAUGUCUCUACAGUCCCCUGAGGCACAGAUGGAGUCCAGCUCGCCCCGUCCUAGCCUUGAGUCCAGCGACCCCGCCCCUGACCCCGCCCCUGAUCCCGCCCCCGCCCCUGUUCACACUCCUGACCUUGACACUGCCCCCGCCCCUGAGAUGACCUCUGACCUUGACACUGCCCCCGCCCCUGAGAUGACCUCUGACCCUGCUGACCCCCCCAGCCUGGCUCCCCCUGCCCCCCCUGCCCCCGUCCCCAACGCCGCCUGCAAGAUCAUGACCUUCCGGCCCACCAUGGAGGAGUUCAGCGACUUCGGCAAAUACAUCGCCUACAUGGAGACGCAAGGGGCGCACCGCGCUGGACUAGCAAAGGUGAUUCCUCCUAAGGAGUGGAAGCCGCGACGCUCGUACGACACCAUCGAGGAGAUGGUCAUCCCAGCGCCCAUCAUGCAGGUGGUGACUGGCCAGUCCGGCCUCUUCACCCAGUACAACAUCCAGAAGAAGUCCAUGAGCGUCGGAGAGUACCGCAAACUGGCCAACAGCAAGAAGUAUUGCACUCCACAGCACAAAGACUUUGAUGACCUGGAGAGGAAGUACUGGAAAAACUUGACCUUCGUCUCGCCCAUAUAUGGAGCCGACAUCAGCGGCUCCCUCUAUGAUCCAGACAUCACGGAGUGGAACAUCGGGCACCUGAACACGUUGCUGGACAUGGUGGAGCAGGAGUGUGGGAUCGUGAUCGAGGGCGUGAACACUCCCUACCUGUACUUCGGGAUGUGGAAGACCACCUUCGCCUGGCACACCGAGGACAUGGACCUCUACAGCAUUAACUACCUGCACUUCGGACAGCCCAAGUCCUGGUAUGCUAUUCCUCCAGAGCACGGGAAGCGUCUGGAGAGACUAGCGCAAGGUUUCUUCCCUGGCAGCUCUCAGGGGUGUGACGCCUUCCUGCGCCACAAGAUGACCCUCAUCUCCCCCUCCAUCCUCAAGAAGUACAGCAUCCCUUUCGACCGGGUACGUGUGUGUGUGUGUGUGUGUGUGUUUAUGUCUGUCAUCUCCCCCUCCAUCCUCAAGAAGUACAGCAUCCCCUUCGGCCGGGUACGUGUGUGUGUGUCUCUGUCUGUCUGUCUCUGUCUGUGUGCGAGAGGGAGAUAUGUCAUAUGUGUGUUUCUGGAUAUGUGAUCAUCUACAGAGGGGUGUGUGUGUGUGUGUGUGUGUGUGUGAGUGCGUUUCUCAGCCUUUCUAUCUCUCGUUAUUCUCUGGUAGUUCUGAGCUCAGGCAUUGUUCAAACUGGCACAAAAGAUGAUUUUCAUGUGUUAUUGCGCCUGUCUGUAUUCUUCAUCCAUUGUUCCCGCGCUGAGCUCCUUCUGUGCCUCCCGCUCCCUCGUUCCCUCACACAGAUGCUGAGCUGAUAUGUAUAAUUAGGGUUACGGCGGCUUAACGAGGGCAUUAACGAGGUCUGCUGAGCCGAUUGAGUUCGGAGUCUCUGCAUUACAUUUCAAUUUGCUCCCGUCCCUCUUUUCCGGCCGGGGAAAUGAAACGGCGCACACACACACACACGCGCGCGCACAUGCACGCACACACACACA